CUGACUCACGAGUCGUGCAUCGCGCCAGAAACACACAGUAAACGCUGUUUUUUGUAGCAUAAACGUCGUAACGCGUGUUUUUCGUCUUCUUUUUGAUUGCGUUCUGAAAACCGCCUACACCAAAAGCGUGUUCCGUUUCAAUUACCCCGGAAAUGAGGUAAAAUAUAUUUGCAUUUUAGGCGGGAGUAGAAAGAUCGGAUCGAUAUCGGAUUCGUCGAGACGCGUUUCUGUGGCCUAAUGUAAACGGAACCAGGUGACCAGGUGUUAAAAGGCUCUAUAGUCUGUAAAAACUACGAUCGGGAAAUAAUCUCUUCAGGCAUUUGGAGUCGUCUGACAGUUUAUCUUCUGGUCAAGUCCCAUUCUUAGUCCUGCAUAGAGAAAAUUUCGACCCAAAAUGGGUAGAGUUAAAAAAGGACAGAAAGUGCAGAGGAAAGACUUGUGUGCAAUGGUUGGUGGCAUCGAUGCUUUAGUCAGAACAAUGAGGAGUUUUAAUAUUUCAAAGACGGAUACAAGUUACUCUUCAAGGAUCUGGUCUAAACUCUCUCAGCGCCUGUUUGGUCAAGAUCAUAAGAAAAACCGUCAUUGGCUGUGGGUGAUGUGGACCACAAACCGAAACGGAGUAAGGGACUUGGUUACUGAACAACAAACAAAUGAUCCUCAGGUAAUGAAUAAUAAAGCGACUGACUGUAAAACUGAAGAGCCAUCAGUGUUCAAGACAGACAAAAAUGAUGACGAAAGACAGGUUACAGAAGAUGAACAACAGGAUGUGUCAUUGCAUAAUAUAGUUCUAGUGGAGGAAGCCAUCACAGCUGUUGAGGUAGUAUCAGACCAAAGUGAUGGAGAAGAUGUGCAACAGAAUGUGUCAUUGCAGGAUAUAGUUCAAGUGGAGGAAGACAUCACAGAUGUUGAGGUAGUAUUAGACCAAAGUGAUGGAGAAGAUGAACAGCAGAAUAUAGAUCAAGUGGAGGAAGCCUUCACAGAUGUUGAGGUAGUAUUAGACCAAAGUGAUGGAGAAGAUGAACAGCAGAAUAUAGAUCAAGUGGAGGAAGACUUCACAUAUGUUGAGGUUGUAUUAGACCAAAGUGAUGGAGAAGAUGAACAAGAGAAUGUCUCAUUACAGAGUGGAGUCCAAACUGAACAUGGAAAAAGAGGGAACACAAAACAGUGUUCAAAAAGGUUCAUAAUUACAGUGAACAGAGAGAACUGGCAAACAGUUGUUCCACUGCAUGGUUCUACAAAACUGAGACAACCGUGGACCCAUGUGUUGUACAACAGUUUCAAAAAGAAAAAUCCCUGUUGUACCCUUUCCUUCAGGAGCCAGCAUAUUAAAACUCCUCACAGCCGGAAAAUUAAUAGUCCCUAUUUAAAUAUUACAGCAGUUUGUACAUUCCCUUCCUGCAGUGCAAAAUACUACUUUAAAAGGAAAAAGGAGCCAGUGGGAGACGACCCAGUUAAGAUCUAUGUGCUACAAAGAGGACAAAUUGCACACAAAAAAAGUGAAUGAAAAUUCAGACUAGCAAAAAACACAGAGGGUUAAACAGAAAACACAAAGGAGUUAAGCCAAUUCUCUCACAGUAAACUUCAAAAAACACCCAUUCCUGAACUAAUUUCAUGAAACAUAACGCAAAGUCUGAACAAAAAUGUUCUAAACGUGAUUAGUUCAGAGUUUAGAAAGAGCAAAAGAAUUCAUGAUGACAUGUUCAUGGAGAUGAACCUCACUCGAAAUAUCAUGAAGGAAUGUGACACCAAAUUUCACAAAGUGCCUGGGUACAUACGGAACUUUCAAGUGGACCCCUUCAGCCUACAUAUGUACACGGAAACAGGAGUAAGCAUAGUUGUGUGCAACACCUAAGAAAGAAGACUCCACUGACCCUAUAGAUUGAUGCUACAGGAAAUGUUGCAUCAGAAGUUCCUGGUCAGACCAAAAGAGUCCUUUACUACUCUCUCAGUGCCUGGAUGUGGUCAGAAUGCUCCUCCAACCCUCUGUCUGUGAGAUGCUGACAAAUAAACACUCUAUACCACAAAUCACGUUCUGGAUGAUGCAGUUCCUCCGAAAACGUACACAGUACACAAAACUAAGAGUGCACCAGAUCGAAACAGACUAUAGCUGGGCACUGCUGCAAAGUGUCCUUCUGUCGUUUAACAGGGAGAGCAUUGUCAACUACUUGGACAACUAAAGUUGCUAGUAAGAUCUUGUAAUUACACUAAAAGCCAAUAUGUUGUAUUAGUUUUACCUAGAAAAUGCUGUAAAUCGAUGAUUUUUCAAAAUCGAACUGCAACCUGUUACAAAUAUGUUGGUGUUAUGCUAUUACAAUUAAAGCCAUUUUAAAUUGCUAUACAACUUAAUAAAAACCAAAGGCAAAAGUGC